GACCAUUUUCUUCUCCUCAUUCUUUCCUCCCAUUUUGCACGAGCUCUAACUGGAUCGCCAUGGUUUUGAAGCAGCAAGGAUCUGGCGAGGAGGGCGAUGGAUCGCGCUUGAAGCAGCAUCGCAAGAUCAGCAAGUUCCGGGGCGUGAGGAAGCGGUCGUGGGGGCGAUGGGUGUCGGAGAUCCGCGAGCCGCACACGCAGACGCGGGUGUGGCUGGGGAGCUUUGCAACGCCGGAGAUGGCAGCGCGAGCCUACGACGUUGGCCUUCUCUAUCUCCGCGGCCCCUCCGCGGUGCUCAACUUCCCCGACUCGCCAUCGCGCCUGCCUUGCCUCUCGCGGAUCACUGUCAAAUCCAUCCAGGCCGCUGCCGCCAUCGCUGCAAACGCCAUGGCAAUCUCGAGCACCGGCAAUCCUCCUGCAGCGAACGAUCCUACGAGCGCUGCAGCUCCAAGUUAUAGCACUGGCCAUGGAUCAUCACUCGUCGAGCAUUGCGAUGGCAAGCCAUUGUCUCUCUUCGAGCAGAUCGAGCAAGACUCGAGCAAGGAAAUCAGCGCCACCGACACUCCCAGCACCGACAACACGGACAUCUCAAGCGAUCGUCCGAGUGAGAGUAUGAGUGUGAGCUGUGUAGAUCCGAGGGAAGAACGCUCGAUCCACGAUGAUCAUGUCGUGAUCAUCGAUCAAGAGGUUACGGUUGAACAGCCAAUGCCAGGCUUCCCACUGGAUGAUUGCAUGGCCCUCCUGGACGACGCCCCGCUCGAAUCCUUCCCGUGCAUCGCCGCGGCCAUUGAAGAUCACGACGAGGAUCCAUUCGACGAGCCGAUUCUUUGGCCUCACAUUUCGUGACCGAUCCUUGCAUGUACAGAAGAAAAAAAGACUAAGUGAAGA